CCGCCUGCCAUGUCCCCGUGCGCCGAGGGUCUCCAGGAGGCCACCGGGCUCCGGCCACUGGCAGGACUCAGUGGAGGACGAAAAACCGCAGCCUGCGCCGCCCGGGGCCGGGAGGGUGGGGCGGGGGCGGGCGCUCGCAGCCGCUGCCCUUUGCUCGCCUCCCUCAACCACAGCAACCGGGGCGGGCCAGGCAACAAAAUGUCCUCAAAUUUAUCGCCAACACUGAAUUCUGGAGAUAAAGUAAAGGAUGGCUCAAUCAAAGAGGACAGGCCUUAUAAGAUCUUUUUCAGAGAUCUCUUUCUUUUCAAAGAAAAUGAAAUGGAAGCAAAGAAAACGGAAAAACUUAUGAACCAUAACAUGAAAGUCUACCAGAAAACUACUUUUUCAUCCAGAAUGAAGAGUCGUUCAUACCUGAGCCAACUAGCUUUCUACCCUAAAAGGGGUGGUAGGUCAUUUGAAAAGUUUGGGCCAGGUCCUGCUCCAAUUUCUAGAUUUCUAGAAGGUUCAGACACAAAAAGGACUGUCCAUGAAUUUAUUAAUGACCAGAGAGACAGGUUUCUGCUUGAGUAUGCUUUGUCAACCAAAAGAAACACAAUCAAAAAGUUUGAAAAAGACAUAGCAAUGAGGGAACGGCAACUCAAAAAAGCAGAGAAAAAGCUCCAAGAUGAUGCACUGGCCUUUGAAGAGUUCCUUCGAGAAAACGACCAGAGAUCUGUAGACGCUCUUAAAUUGGCAGCACAGGAAACGAUAAACAAACUCCAAAUGACAACAGAGCUGAAGAAAGCAAGCAUGGAGGUACAAGCAGUGAAAAGUGAAAUAGCAAAAACAGAAUUCCUCCUCAAGGAGUACAUGAAAUAUGGUUUUUUUCUGCUGCAAUUGUCUCCAAAACAUUGGCAAAUCCAGCAAGCACUAAAAAGAGCACAGGCAUCAAAAAGUAAAGCAAAUAUCAUCCUUCCAAAAAUAUUAGCAAAAUUAUCAUUACAUUCGAGUAAAAAGGAAGGCAUUCUUGAGGAGUUUGGGGGGACAGCCAUCCUUUCAGAAGAUGCUUCUCAGGGAAGAGACAGCCAAGGAAAGCCAAGCAGAAUCCUGACUCGCACCUCAGAGAAAAUCAAAUCAAACCUGACUGAAAGUUUCGGUUCAGAAGACAGUUUGGAAUUCCUUUUAGAUGAUGAAAUGGACUUUGAUUUGGAGCCAGCGCUUUAUUUCAAGGAACCAGAGGAGUUACUUCAAGUCCUCAGAGAGCUGGAAGAGCAGAAUCUUACUUUGUUUCAAUAUUCCCAAGAUGUAGAUGAAAAUCUUGAAGAGGUAAACAAAAGAGAAAAAGUUAUACAGGAUAAAACAAAUAGCAACAUAGAGUUUCUUUUGGAGCAAGAAGAAAUGCUUAAAGCUAAUUGUGUGAGAGAAGAGGAGAAAGCAGCAGAAUUGCAAUUAAGGUCCAGGCUCUUUAGCUUUGGAGAAUUUAAUUCAGAUGCUCAGGAAAUACUGAUAGACUCACUUAGUAAAAAGAUUACUGAAGUAUACAAAGUCUGCAUUGGAGAUGCUGAGGAUGACGGCCUCAACCCAAUUCAAAAGCUGGUAAAAGUAGAGUCUCGCCUGGUAGAACUGUGUGACCUCAUCGAAUCCAUUCCCAGAGAAAAUGUGGAGGCAAUUGAGAGGAUGAAACAGAAAGAACGGCGGCAAAAGUUUCGUGAUGAGAAAAUGAGAGAAAAACAAAGACACCAAGAGGAAAGGCUAAAAGCUGCUCUGGAAAAAGCAGUAGCACAACCAAAGAAAAAGUUGGGAAGACGACUUGUCUAUCAUUCAAAACCUCCAUCUGCUAACAAACAGCAGCUACCUUUAGUCAAUGAAACAAAAACAAAAGCACAAGAAGAAGAAUAUUUUUUUACUUGAAUAAAAGCAGUAAGACAUUUUAUUACCAGAAUGUCUUAGGUAUGUUUUGUAAAUCUUGGCUUUCACUAAUGGCAAUAUUCUGCCCCAUGUACCAGGCCUAAUCAAUUUGA